AUGGUUCAACGUACUGUCCGUCAGUUUCCGAGAACCGUAAUUCCUGGUUUACUGGUUUUGCAAGAAAAUGUCGUAAUAACAUUUGAACGUACACCCUACCUAGUUCCAAACCUAGAUGGGCGCAGCUUGCAUAUGAUUGGAUCAUCUGAUCGAGGAAAAGAAAAAGACGGGAGCAAAUACGAAUUGAAUUGUUCAAAGGGUAACCAUGAAAGUUUAAGGGUUAAAAAGGGUUCUGAUCCAAGAUUUAUUAACAAUCUUAAGGAACGUACAUUAGAUUGGGCGAGAUUACGAAAUACGGGAAUUCAAGCUAAAAUAAAUUGA